UACAGUCUUCGAUCUCAUCUUUGACCAGACAACAUUGAUUUUUAUCUCUUCUCAUUUAUUCAAAUUGUUAGAUUUUCGCUAAUAUCAAUAGAUUUUCUUUUAGUAUUAAUUUACAAUUCUUAAAAAUUAUCAAAAUUGAUUUAUAAUUUGUGAUUUAAGAAGUAAAUAUUAAAUUAAAUAUGAAUUUAUUUACUCUUCAAAUUAACCAGAUAUCCCGAAAAAUAUAUAACAAAAAAUAUUUAAGUAAAUGUAUAAUACGAUUGAAUCAUAAUCCUGGACCUUUAUCCCAAUUUACAGAUGAAGAAAUUUUAAUGAAAGAAAGCGUUAAUAAAUUAGCAAAAGAGGAAAUUGCUCCGCUUGUACGUAAAAUGGAAAAAGAAAGCAAAAUAGAUGAAGGAUUAAUACGAAAGCUUUUUGAAAAUGGUUUAAUGGGUAUUGAAAUACCAGAAAAAUACGGUGGUUCUGGAUGUAACUUCAUGACAACAAUUUUAAGUGUCGAAGAAGUUGCCAAAGUUGAUGGAUCUGUGGCAGCUCUAAUAGACAUUCAUAACACUUUAGUAAAUUCAUUAAUUAAGAAAGUUGCUACGGAAGAACAAAAAAAAAGAUAUCUACCAAGAUUAGCUCAAGAUUACGCGGGAAGCUUUUGUCUUACGGAACCUGGUUCAGGAUCAGACGCUUUUUCUUUAAAAACUAUAGCAAAAAAAGAUGGAUCCGAUUAUGUGAUAAGUGGAACAAAAAUGUGGAUUUCAAACUCCGAUAUUGCAGAAUUAUUUUUAGUUUUCGCAAAUGCAAAUCCUUCCGCUGGAUAUCGUGGUAUUACAACAUUUUUUGUAGAACGAGAUACACCUGGAUUGACAAUAGCCAAACCAGAAGAUAAAUUAGGAAUUAAAGCAUCGGGUACAUGUAUGAUUCACUUCGACAAUGUCAGAGUGCCUGAAGAUAAUAUUUUAGGACAUUUUGGGCAUGGAUAUAAAUAUGCCGCUGGAUUUUUAAAUGAAGGACGAAUUGGUAUCGGAGCUCAAAUGAUUGGUAUAGCACAAGGUUGCUUGGAUGCUACAAUACCAUAUACAUUAGAAAGAAAACAAUUUGGGAAAGAUAUAUUUUCAUUUCAAUCUAUGCAACAUCAAAUCGCACAAGUAGUUACUGAACUUGAAUCUGCCAGAUUAUUGGUUUACAAUGCAGCCAGAUUAGUCGAUAUAAAAAAAGAUGUAAUGAAAGAGGCUGCUAUGGCGAAAUUCGUUGCAUCGGAAACGGCUUUGCGUGUUACUGCAAAAUGUAUUGACUUUAUGGGUGGAGUAGGAUUUACAACUGAUUUUCCCCAAGAAAAAUAUUUCAGAGAUUCGAAAAUCGGUACGAUUUAUGAAGGAACCAGUAAUAUGCAAUUAUCAACAAUAGCCAAAUGUAUUCGUAAAGAAUAUUCAUAAAUAUUAUAAUUAAUUAAGAUUUAUUUUAUAUUUUUUAACAGUACUUUUUAUACUUUUUUGUAAUUGUUUCAUUUUUUACUAUUUUGUUUAUUAAUAAAUCUAUAUUAAUCUAA